CCGGGGCCGCGGGACGCACGGGCAACACGCAGACAAGAGACAGAGAGAGAGAGAGACAGAGAGAGAGAGAGACACGCGGGGAGUUGGAGAGACACGCGCGGGCAGCCAGAGAGACGUCGAGCGAACCCAGCGGUGGAGACGCAGAGAGGCGAGCGGGCAGUCGACCUAGGGGCAGGCAGAAACGCGCAGACAUCGACGGAGAAGGCACGCAGACGGACAAACGGACGCACGGAUAGACAGAAAGACACACAGGCAGGCAAAACCAACGAAGCAAACGGGGGCAUAGGCAACCAGCAGUAGAAACAGGCAACAAGCAGGGGGAAGAAAUACACACCUACACAGACAGACACGGGCAGAAGAAGCGCACGCAAAUCAGCAAAACAUCCAAACACACUGGGCAGCUAUUGAGCCAGCUGGCAGGGCAGCGAGUCAGCUGGCAGACUGGGCAGCUACUCGGAGAGGCGGCAGACGAGCGAUCGAGAGUGAGCUGUCGAGAGAGAGAGAGACAGAGCCUAGAGGCUGCUACUGGGCAAGAACUUUGAGGCGUGGUAGAUUGUGGCAGCAGAAACACGCGCCGAUUGCAGCCACAGAGAGAAGAAAGGGCGAUAGUCGAUAGAACUUAAAUAAAAAACACAAAAGUAAUCAACUUAUCCGAGAUAUAUGAGAUAGUUUAACGAACGCACGUAAAAAGAAAGCAGUCCAUAUACAUAUAUAGACUGUGUGUGAGGUGUUGUCCACGCAGGCUUGGGCAUAACUUGUGACAGGUGGGCAGGGAGGCAGAGCUCAGCUUCCACACGCGGGGCGCGAGAACAGAUUACAUCGCACCAAUAAAUUAUUGUAACAAUAGUAACACUGAGAACCCCCCCCCUCCUCCCAAACAUCACAACGGUGCACCACCACCACUCCUAGUACCAGCAGCACCAUCACCACGAUCAUCGUCAAUUCGACCACCAGCAACAGCAGCGCGACCACCCAAGCAGCAUAAGUAACAGCAGCAGUAGCAGCAGCAGCAGCAAAGGGCUGCUGCAUUAGUAGCAGCAGCAGCAGCAGAAUGUCGCGCCACUGUGGAGUACCGCUGAAGACGCUGCUGUUUCUCGCCACGCUGUGUCAGCUGAUGCUGGAGACGCCCGUUCGAGCCGGGAACUGCUGGCUGCAGCAGGGAGCCAACGGGCGUUGCCAGGGACUGCUGAUGAGCGCCGUGUCGCGCGAGGAAUGCUGCAGGGGGGGUCGCGCGGGCACCGCAUGGACCCGGCAGGACGUGUCGUCGGGCCUGCUCUUCAGAUGGCUCGUGUUCAGCAAGGGCGCGCCCGACUGCCAGCCCUGCAAGGAGACGUGCGACAGCGUGGAGUGCGGCCCGGGCAAGCAGUGCAAGCUGAGCCGGCGGAGCCGGCCGCGCUGCGUGUGCGCGCCCCAGUGCCCGCGCGGUGCCACGGGCAGCGCCGGCGGCGGCUCCAGCACCAGCCCCGCCGCUCCGCCGGCGGCGGCCCCGAGGGGCCCCGUGUGUGGCUCGGACGGGCAGACGUACCGGCACGAGUGCGCGCUCCUCCGAGCACGCUGCCGCCUCGGACAGACCACGCUGCACGUCCAGUACCAGGGCAAAUGCAGAAAGUCGUGCCGCGACGUGCAGUGCUCCGGCUCCGCGUCGUGCGUCCUCGACCAGAGCGGCGCUGCUCACUGCGUCGAGUGUGGCAGCCGCCCGUGCCGCGAGGCCAGCGGGCCCGACGCUGCGCUGUGCUCGCGCGAGGGCCGCACCUACGACAGCCUCUGCCACCUGCGUCGCGCCGCCUGCCUGCGUGGACGCGCCAUCGCCGUCGCGCACCCGGGCUCCUGCAACAGCAGGUAAACACGCGCUGGCACCUGAGCCUCACUGACGGCACGAGUCCUGGGCCAAGACGGCUUCACUCCAAACCAGUUUUAACCUCCCCCCCAUAACCCCAACUACCCCCCCCACCUCACCCCGCACGCAAGCGACACGUUAUUAUUAUUAUGUAACAUAUAAAGGACUAACAUUGUUCGCGUCGUUUUUACCACGAAACCUCCAAACUCCAAAGCCAUCAUCCGAGUGUGGAUUCGCCCCCCCGACUGACCCCGUGCGUUUAAGUGGCCUGGGCAGCAGCAGCGGCCACCACCACCACGACCACCACCACCACGGCCACCACCACCACCACCACGGCCACCACCACCACGACCACCACCACCACCACCACGGCCACCACCACCACCACCACGACCACCACCACAGCCACCACCACCACCACCACGGCCACCACGGCCACCACCACCACCACCACCACCACGACCACCACCACCACCACCACGGCCACCACCACCACCACCACGACCACCACCACGGCCACCACCACCACGACCACCACCACGACCACCACCACGGCCACCACCACCACCACCACGGCCACCACCACCACCACCACCACGACCACCACCAUCGCGCCAGCCUUGCGCGUGCGCCGAUCGUUCCGUCAAAAAAGCUUCCGGCCGGUGCCCCAUAUUCCUCGCUUACGCUGUAGCUCUCAGAGUCCGCUUGGAUCCCGUGGCACAUGGUGGGGGGUGGGGGGGGAGAGCCGAGACAGACGCAGAGGGACAGGUGGAGGAAGAGAAGAGAUGGGAGGGGAAAAAAAAUCAGUGUUACACCAAAAUUCAAAGUCUGUAUUUAUUUCUUUAUAAUAAUUAAUGUACAUGUUUUGAUAACUGCAGACGUGGCCAGUACGUUUCGUUUCUAGUGAAAGAAUCAUUAUUUAUAAUAGAGACUCCUUUUUUUUUUACCUUGUGUUUUUUAUUAUUAUAAUUAUUAUGUUUGGAACUUUGGACAGACAGAAAGAAAAAAAAAGAAACCUCGACUUUUUCAGAAAUGUUCGUCUUUAUUUAUUUAAGAGAGUACAAUUGUCUUUUUUUUUUGUUAAAUCGGUAUAUGUAUAUUUGUUAUGCUACCUCAUUGUUUAUAGUGGAUAUACUUACAGGUGACUUGUGAGCCAUUUCGUAUCAUGGAGACCUGCCAGCCAAUCACCGGCCACCCUCGUCAUCAGACUCGUUCACGAUGCAGAGAUUCUUUGGGUUAGCACCGAUUCCUAUGCUCACGGUCCAUUGCAUCGUGCGCGCAAGAAUCAAUUAGUUACGGUUUAUGCAAAUGGAAUGCAAAGAAAACAGGUACGCUCACGCUACACGUAGACCAAUGCAGCAAUUUAAACAGUACAAACGAAACAGAGAUAGAGAGGAGGAAUACUAACCCCGAGAAACAAUACAAAUGGGAUGCUGAAAACAAUACACAAAAAAACAACAGAAACAAUCUAUACAUUCGUGAAUCCAAUACAGACCCCCCCCCUCCUUCCCCCGAAUCAUGAUAUUUCAUCAAAUCGCUGGCACGGUGAAUCAUUGACAAGUCUACUCAUCGUAGCUCAGCUUCGCAACGGAGAGCCGACUUGCGGCGGAUGCACGAGACGGCCUCUCGUGACCGUCCGUGGCCGCAACCAAAAGGAGCUGCAGCAUCGAGUCACGAAGUCGCUGGUUGAAGUCACACCAAACACAACAAAUGUGUCGCUCGACUUGGAAUGGCGCGGAUGGUAAAAGUUGCCACACUUCUGGGAGACUCGCCCGAGACACGUGGUGAGACCGGCAGACCAUCUCGCUCCGUUAAACCCCUCCCACUUCCACGCAGCCGUUCCCACUGAGUCACGAGCACAGUGCCCACACCUCUUGUAAUGACAUCGCCCCCCCCCCCCCCCCCGCUUACUCUUUAUAGGCCAACGCCUAAUCCUCUACCAACCAACACUCAGGUAGGUCCCCCCUCCUAUGUCCAUAGCACGUGUGGAGCGUGAUGACAGAAAAUGCAAACUCGAGACAAAAAUCCCAAAUUUCACAAAUGCUUUGGCACACCAGGGCAGCCUUUCUGAAACUGGGACUGUCCUGGCAAAACAAAACAAAAACCGCGACUUAUGGUAGCUUUGGCAGAUGGCAAUUGAUGAAUUGGUGAACACUGCAUCUCAAUGUCCAAAUUUGCUCUGCACAGAACCUGACCUCCCAUUCCUUGUUGUCUCAACCCAUAUACAACCAUCCUCAUCCCGUCUGAUAGUGAACCAUGAGUUCAUCCUAUAGAAAACGAAUUUCUAUGAUAACAGACAAAAGCCUCAUCCCAUCGGGUAAGGAAUCCUGACUACAUUCCAUGGAGAAUAUUUACUAAUAAUUCGUAAUCAUUUACAACCCUUUGCAAAUGCCUCCGGUGAACGAGGGCUUCGUUACAUUCUGAGAACAGAAACUUCCCCCCAUAUAAUAGCGAACCCCCUUUCUUCCCUCCGCCUCUUUUCAGCUGGUCCAAACGCCUUUAUGCAUCCACGAUAAUACAUUCAGUCGGCUGAAGAACUCACAUCCCAUCCUCAAGAGAGCUGUCGUCGAGUUAUUCUAUCCAAUACAGAACCCUCGUCUCCUGCGGUCAAUGUACACGUAUUAUAGAGCACGUGUAUCGUCUGAUGCAAACUCCUUAUCCUGUUCAAUGUCCCAGUCGAAAACGGGCACAAGACUCUCAUUUCAUUCACUGCGGAAUCCUUGAUAGAGAAGCUUUCAUCAUCAGACUCACCCCAAGCUGUCUGUCACCUAUCUUCCUCACUUUCUUUCGAUGCAAAAAAAAAAAAUCCAUCGAGGUUCUUGCCCACGAGCCGAAUGUUGCAUCCAAUACAACCGCACGCGUGUCAUCCCGUUGGGUAAAAGUGGCCCCUCUUAAUCUGAUAGAGACACUUCGCGUUAUCCAAUACAGCAUCCGCCCGUCCCAUCUGAUAUCCAACAGACUCCUCUUGUUUAGGCGCCUUUGGCUCGUUGAGAGUCUGCCAAUUCCACUCAAUCGUACACGAGCGAUAAGACAAAGGCAAAGGUCCCCCAUCGAGCCUUAACAGGCCGUGGGGGACAAGUGCUGUUAGCGAGUAGCACCUAUGAAGGCACGUCACAGGAGGAGGUUGGUAGCCAACACCACGCCUAGCCGCCUUUGUCUCUCCAGUGGCGAUAUUUACACAUCACACCAGGUACUCAUUUGAGGCUGAGUCGACCUAGGGGAGUCCCAGGACCGGUUCAAACAAUCGUCACUGGUGUUGGCCGAGAGUGGGAAUCGAACUCGGUUCACAGCCGGGUUCGUAGCGCAACUGGUUAACCGCUACACUACCGCUCCCUACACGAUCAGACACUCACGCACACACCACACAAUUACACAACAAGCGUUUGAUGAAUGCACACCCCGAGCGUGUACACAACGAGUCACCACCCGCCGAAGCUCUCUUCACGUGCAACGUAAAAAAAAAGAGGAAAACCAAUGAAUAUUGCAGCCACUUUGCGAUGCUUUAUGAAACGCUCGGCAAUCAGAAGCGACGGGAACGAGCGAGGGCCGUGGAUGUCAGGCCCGGUGAGAGAGGCUCCUACGACUUUGCAGACGCAAAUUGUUUAAUGUUCAAGACACAAUUGCACAGCAUACCGACUUGUCAUGAUUAUUAUUAUUAUUGUUGUUAUUAUUACAAAUUUUUUUUGGUUUGUUUUGUUUUCAAAUGAAUAUUUAUGGUGUGUGUUAUACACGUCUUGUAUCCUCGUGCAUAUAAAUUAGUAUUUGGUAAACCAAUAAAG